GCCGAGGAGCCCGAGGACGCGAGCGGCGGGAGAAGAGAAGCCAGGCCUUGGAAGCCGAGAAGUAUUGCACUUGUUUUCUAGAUUUCUUAUUUACCAACCCCCCAAAAAUUUGAAGAUGAGCAGCCGAAGGAAACGUGCUCCUCCUGUGAAGGUCGAUGAAUCAAAGCAGCAGCAGCUUCGUUGGAGUAUGCACGAGCAUAGAAGGAAUGAAUCUCCCACUCAAAGUCCACACUCAGAUUUCUCUGACUCGGACUCCUCUGACAUCCUCUGGGUUGACAGUUUAAAGGAAGAAGUGGCACACAGAGAUAAGAGGAGGCGUUUGGAGGUGGCGAGUGGCUCAAGAUCCCUCAGUAAAGAAGCGGCGCGGACCACUUUCCCCACAAAGCUAAAUGUUGUGAUUUCUCCCUACCCCUUUGAUAAUUCUUGGAAAGCAUCUCUAGGAGAAGUAAUUCUUCAGCUUCUUCCAGAACAGAAUUUAGCUGAAAAUUUUUUUCAAAGAAGUUUCACCUUGAUGAGUUCAGGAUCGAACGAUCAGUUCCUGGUCUAUGUUCAUUCCGAAUGUAAAGAUGUAGCGAAGAAACAAAAGGGAGGUGAAGAGACUGUCAGUAUUUGUGACCAGGGAAUUGGCGUGAAUUUGUCGGUUGAUGGUGGAAUGUUGGAAGAUUUGGAUUGGCUUCAAAAGAAGAAAAGAAUUAAACUUUACCACAAACCAGAUGGAAAUCACACUAUCAAGGUUGGAAUUUAUCUCUUGGAAAGUGGCCUCACUAAAGUAGAUUUUCUAAGUGAGGCAAGUUCAAGAAUGAAAAAGUGCAAUCAGCUCAUGAAGCGAGUGAUAGAAAAGUUACACAAUUAUAUUCCAGAUGUACUGGGAGAGGAUGAAGAUGAUUCAGAGAGUGAGCCAGAGGGACAAGACAUCGAUGAACUUUAUCACUUUGUGAGGCAAACACAUCAUCAAGAAACACAGUCCAUCCAAGUGGAUGUCCAGCAUCCUGCAUUGAUUCCUAUACUGAGACCCUACCAAAGAGACGCUGUCAACUGGAUGCUACAACAAGAGCAUUUCAGGAGCACUCCUGCUAGUGAAAAUGCGCUGCACUGCUUAUGGCGAGAAAUUGUUACAUCUGAGAAUUUGAAACUCUACUAUAAUCCAUACACAGGCUGCAUUAUCCGUGAGUACCCAAAUGCUGGUCCACAGUUGUUUGGUGGAAUCUUAGCAGAUGAAAUGGGUCUUGGAAAGACAGUGGAGGUUUUAGCUCUGAUUCUUACACACACUCGACAAGAUGUCAAACAAGAUGCUCUCACUCUUCCUGAGGGCAAAGUGGUGAAUUACUUCAUUCCAUCACUUUCUGGAGGAAAAGUAAAAAACAAAGAAACUCAGAAUAUGGAAUAUGAACCAAAAGAAAAAGUUCAGUUCCCCCCUACACGUGUAAUGAUCUUGACAGCUUUGAAGGAAAUGAAUGGGAAGAAAGGAGUUUCCAUCCUCUCUAUCUAUAAGUAUGUCAGUUCUAUAUAUAAAUACGACGUUGAGCGAAAUAGGAAUCUUCUGAAACGGAUGCUGAAAAGUUUAAUUUUUGAAGGUCUGGUGAAACAGAUCAAAGGCAAUGGUUUUUCUGGGACCUUUACAUUGGGGAAGAACUACAAGAAAGAGGAAAUAUAUGGCAAAACGCAAAAGCAGGCAAUAGGAAGUCAACGAAAAAUUCAGAAAGAAUCUAGAAAACCAGAGAUGAAAGAUACAGACUCUGAAUCUGAAUACUUGCCAUCAAAUACCUCUGAUGAUGAUGAUCAUCCUUACUGUUAUUUUUAUAAGCCCAGAAGAAAUCGAAGUAAAUUUAGAAAAAAGCCUGUUCCAUCCACCAAAAAGGAGGGAGAAAGUCAGCCUAACAUCAGUCACAGUUUACAAGAUCAUUGUCCCACAACUAGUGAUUCUGGAAUUACUGAUGUUACAUUAUCUGAAAAUGUAUACAUUGUUGAUGUCAGCCAAGAAAAUGCAGAAGAGGACCAAACUGAAUCCAAAAAGCCUACAGAUGGUGCUGUUCCAAAUGCUGAUGAGAUCAGUCCCUUCUCUUCCUCUGAUUAUCGCUUUGAAUGCAUAUGUGGUGAACUCGGCCAAAUGGACCAAAAAGCUCGUGUCCAAUGCCUAAACUGCCACCUCUGGCAGCAUGCCAAGUGUGUAAAUUAUGAAGAGAAGAAUGUGAAGAUCAAACCUUUUUACUGUCCCCACUGCCUUGUUGCAAUGGAGCCUGUGUCAACUAGAGCUACUCUGAUCAUCUCACCCAGCUCUAUUUGUCAUCAGUGGGUGGAUGAAAUUAAUAGGCAUGUGAGCUCCUCAUCUCUUCGUGUCUUGGUAUAUCAGGGUGUAAAGAAAGAUGGAUUCUUACAGCCCCAUUUUUUGGCGGAACAGGAUAUAGUUAUCAUUACCUAUGAUGUUCUUCGUUCAGAACUCAACUAUGUAGAUAUCCCACACAGCAAUAGUGAAGACGGGCGUCGCUUACGGAAUCAAAAGCGCUAUAUGGCCAUUCCCAGCCCCCUAGUGGCUGUAGAGUGGUGGAGAAUCUGCCUUGAUGAAGCUCAGAUGGUUGAAUGUCCUACUGUAAAAGCUGCAGAAAUGGCUCAACGCUUGAGUGGGAUAAAUCGCUGGUGUAUUAGUGGCACUCCAGUGCAGAGAGGACUGGAGGAUCUCUUUGGCUUAGUGGUCUUUCUUGGUAUUGAACCUUACUGUGUCAGACACUGGUGGGUUCGACUUCUCUAUCGCCCUUACUGCAAGAAGAAACCUCAAUACCUAUACAGCUUUAUAGCCAAGAUACUUUGGAGGUCUGCAAAAAAGGAUGUGAUUGACCAGAUUCAGAUCCCCCCUCAGACAGAAGAAAUCCACUGGCUCCACUUUUCUCCCGUGGAAAGACAUUUCUAUCACCGUCAGCACGAGGUGUGCUGCCAGGAUGCAGUAGUAAAGCUCAGAAAGAUUUCUGACUGGGCCCUGAAGCUCAGCAGCCUGGACAGAAGAACUGUUACCUCCAUCUUAUACCCACUGUUGCGACUCAGGCAGGCUUGUUGUCAUCCACAGGCUGUUCGUGGGGAGUUCUUGCCACUACAAAAAAGCACCAUGACAAUGGAAGAGUUGUUGAUAUCUCUGCAGAAGAAAUGUAGAACUGAAUGUGAAGAAGCACAUCGGCAACUAGUUUGUGCUCUCAAUGGCUUAGCAGGCAUCCACAUAAUUAAAGAUGAGUUUGUCUUGGCUGCAGAACUGUACCGAGAAGUACUGCGUUCAUCUGAGGAACACAAAGAAAAACUCAAAACUGAUUCACUUCAAAAACUUCACGCUACCCAUAAUUUGAUGGAAUUGUUGGCAGCCAAGCACCCAGGGAUACCUCCUACAUUGAGAGAUAGCAAACUUGAAGAAGAGGCCAAAAACCUACGAGAGCAUUAUAUGAGCAAGUGUAAUACUGAAGUUUCUGAAGCUCAGCACGCUUUGCAACCGGUACAACAGACCCUACGUGAGCUCCAAAGAAAGUUUCAUUCGAGUUCACCUUGGUGGCUCAAUGUGCUCCAGAGAGCUAUAGAAUUUUCUCUUGAAGAAGAACUUCUUCAGCGAGUGAGAAAUGAAAUAAAUAGCAACUACAAGCAACAAAGUGACAAGCUUUCUAUGUCAGAAAAGUUCCAUGACUGCAGAGGUCUUCAGUUCCUACUUACAACACAAAUGGAAGAGCUAAAUAAAUGCCAGAAGCUAGUUAGAGAAGCUGUGAAAAAUCUAGAGGGACCUCCAUCUCCUACUGUUAUUGAGUCUGCAACCAUCUGCCACCUUCGACCAGCCAGACUGCCUCUCAACUGCUGUGUCUUUUGUAAGGCUGAUGAAUUGUUCACAGAAUAUGAAUCAAAGCUGUUUUCUCACACAGUUAAAGGCCAGACUGCAAUAUUUGAGGAGAUGAUAGAAGAUGAAGAAGGCCUGGUGGAUGACCGAAUACCUACGACCAGUCGAGGUCUGUGGGCAAUAAGUGAGACAGAGCGAUCUAUGAAAGCUGUGCUGUCAUUUGCAAAGUCACAUCGAUUUGAUGUUGAAUUCAUUGAUCAAGGAAGUAUUUCAAUGGAUCUCUUCGAAGCUUGGAAAAAAGAAUAUAAGUUGCUUCACGAAUAUUGGAUGGCUCUGAGGAAUCGUGUAUCUGCUGUUGAUGAGCUUGCAAUGGCUACAGAGCGACUAAGAGUCCGUCAUCCUAACGAGCCAAAACCUAAUCCUCCUGUUCUUCACAUCAUUGAACCACAUGAGGUGGAACAAAAUCGGAUCAAACUUCUGAAUGAUAAAGCUUUUGCUACAUCACAGCUUCAGAAAAAACUCGGACAGCUGUUUUACCUAACUAAUUUGGAGAAGUCUCAAGACAAAACAUCAGGAGGCAUUAACCCAGAACCUUGUCCAAUCUGUGCUCGGCAACUGGGGAAACAGUGGGCAGUGCUGACCUGUGGGCACUGUUUUUGUAACGAAUGCACUUCAAUUAUAAUUGAACAAUACAGCGUGGGUUCUCAUAGAAGUUCCAUUAAAUGCGCCAUCUGCCGCCAGACCACAUCUCACAAAGAAAUCUCUUAUGUAUUCACUUCAGAAAAAGCCUGCCAGGAAGAGGACAUUCCUGUGAAGGGCAGUCACUCUACGAAAGUGGAAGCUGUGAUCAGAACUCUGAUGAGAAUCCAGCGUCGAGACCCAGGGGCUAAAGCUCUUGUCUUUUCAACGUGGCAAGAUGUAUUAGAUAUUAUUUCAAAAGCUCUCAAUGACAACAACAUGGAAUUUGCACAAAUCACUCAUGUUAGGACAUUUCAGGAGAACCUUUCAGCAUUUAAAUAUGAUCCCGAGAUCAAUAUUUUGCUGCUGCCCCUGCACACAGGAUCAAAUGGAUUAACCAUCAUUGAAGCAACCCAUGUUCUCCUGGUGGAGCCUAUAUUGAACCCUGCCCAUGAGCUGCAAGCUAUAGGGAGGGUGCACCGAAUUGGACAAACAAAACCAACUAUUGUGCACAGAUUUUUAAUUAAAGCAACAAUUGAAGAGAGAAUGCAGACAAUGCUGAAAACUGCUGAGAGAAGUCACCCCAACUCCACAGUGAAGAAUUCAGAAGCAUCUGUGUUGACUGUGGCUGAUCUGGCGGACCUGUUUACCAAAGAGACUGAAGAUUUGGACUGAAGUAUCUUGAUUCAAUCCACAGACUUCAGAUUAUUUUUCCAAAUUUUAUAGCUUGUAAAACAGAACUUUAAUUCUAAAAAUCUACUAGAUGUCAGUAAGCUCUGAUCUUCAUUAAAU